UUCGUCCCAGAAAACACUACGUCAUAGCGGUCAUUGCGGUUGGCUGUUGGGAAAUAAUUUAGUACGAAUAAAAAUAUGAGGCCGUUAGAAUUCGAGAGAGUGUAGGAACUGCAGUAAUUCGUAGUCGACCAACUAGAUAAGUGUAUUUCUCUAAGUUUCUCAUUGGUUUUUACCUUGGCAUAUCCAGUGGGCGUUUUCUACUGACAAUGUUGCGAUUUGGGCGUGUUUUAAAUCUGUCACGAAAUGUAGUUCCUUUUGUGGAAGUUAAUUCAAGAGGUCUGGCCACAGCACCUCAAGUGGCAAGGAAGGGUGAGGAGGUGGAGAAGGCCACCAGUGAAGCAAAGGAAUCACAGUCAUUCACCAUGAACCUCUUCCGUGGUGUUAUGGAGACUGCACAGGUUUUCCCAUUUCCACAAGUUCUAAAUGAAGAUCAGAAAGAUACUUUGAAGAUGUUUGUUGACCCAACUGCCAAAUUCUUUGAGGAGGUGAAUGAUCCAGCUAAGAAUGAUACCUUAGAGGCAGUGGAACCCCAGUCCUUGGAGGGUUUGUGGGAAUUGGGGGCAUUUGGUCUACAGGUCUCACAGGAUCUGGGUGGCCUAGGACUCAACAACACCCAGUAUGCACGCCUGGUGGAAAUUGUGGGUGCCCAUGAUUUGGGUGUUGGAAUAACACUUGGUGCACACCAGUCCAUUGGCUUCAAGGGCAUCUUGCUCUUUGGGACUCCAGAACAAAAAGCGAAAUACUUGCCUCGAGUGACAACAGGAAAAGAAUUUGCUGCAUUCUGUCUCACAGAACCUUCAUCAGGCAGUGAUGCUGGCUCCAUCAGGUCAAGAGCAGUGCUUUCUGCAGAUGGCAAGCAUUACAUCCUGAAUGGGAGUAAAAUUUGGAUUAGCAAUGGAGGACUAGCAGAGAUUAUGACUGUGUUUGCCCAAACACCUGUCUUGGAUGAGAAAACUGGCAAGGAGCAUGACAAGGUGACUGCAUUCAUUGUUGAACGCUCAUUUGGCGGUGUGACCUCUGGCCCACCUGAAAAGAAGAUGGGGAUCAAGGCUUCCAAUACAGCUGAGGUUUACUAUGAAGAUGUCAAGAUCCCCGUUGAAAACGUACUUGGAGGUGUUGGACAGGGCUUCAAAGUUGCAAUGAACAUACUUAACAAUGGUCGUUUUGGAAUGGCAGCAUGUCUUGCUGGAACCAUGCGUGCUGUAACACGAAAGGCUGUGGAUCACGCUACCACUCGCCUACAGUUUGGACGCCGCAUUGACUCAUUUGGAACCAUCCAAGAAAAGCUGGCACGAAUGUCAACAUUGCAGUAUGUUACGGAAUCAAUGGCUUAUAUGAUCAGUGGAAACAUGGACAGUGGAUCUACAGAUUUUCAUCUUGAGGCUGCCAUUUCGAAGGUGUUUGCUUCAGAGGCAGCGUGGACAGUGACAGAUGAAGCCAUUCAGAUUCUUGGUGGCAUGGGUUUUAUGAAGGAAUGUGGUCUUGAGAGGGUCAUGCGUGAUCUUAGGAUCUUCAGAAUUUUCGAGGGAACCAAUGACAUCUUGCGGCUCUUUGUAGCCCUUACAGGAAUACAGUUUGCUGGAGCACAUUUAAGAGAGCUUCAGAAAGCAUUCAAGAACCCAGCAGCAAACCUAGGACUGAUUUUUGGGGAGGCAACAAAGCGAGCCAUUCGAUCAGUUGGUCUUAGCAGUCCUCCUUCCUUGUCACAACAUGUGCAUCCAAAUCUUGUGCCUGCAGCUGCCCUUGCUGCCAAGAGUAUUGAAUCUUUUGGCCAGGCAGUUGAGGCUACACUACUCAAGUAUGGACGUGGUGUUGUGGAAGAGCAGUUUGUGUUAAAUAGGCUUGCCAAUGCAGCCAUUGACACCUACACGAUGGCUGUAGUUCUCUCUCGAGCCACCAUGGCACUACAGAGUGGGUUACCCUCUGCACAUAUCCAAGAACUCAUGACCAAAGUUUGGUGCAGUGAGGCAUCUGGACGUGUGGCUGAGAACUUGGGAGCAAUUCGAUCUAGUCAAACACUUGAGAACUUCUCAAAUCUUAGUGCCAUUGCGAAAAAUGUUUGUGAGAAUGGAGGCCUUAUUCACAUUAAUCCACUGAACUUUUAAUGUGAUGAUCUUGUGUUAACAAGGUAAGGGGACUGUGCGCAUAAUGAUGUGACUCUCGCAAUACAUGCUCUGUUUGGUUUUGCUGGAUAAGAAUGGGAAUGGAAUUGUAAUUCCAUGUCAUUAUCUGUCAUCACCACAGCCAUUUAGCUGUAAAAACACACUGAGAAGCCGAGAGAUGCCUUGAAAAAUGAAAAUUACUUGGAUAUUACAUAUAUUGUUGUUUUAUACUCUGUACUUUAAAAAUUCACUUGUUGCUGGCCUAGAAGCUGGGUGUUCAGAGCUAUCUCAUGGGUACAACUGAAAAAAUUAGGCAUAGGAUUAUCUUGACUAUUUUGUACCCAUUAAAAUUUGGUAAAAUUUUAUUCUUUACAUCAUCUGAGACAGUGUUCAGUGUCUCAUUUUGAAAGAAAAAUUAAUGUUGUCACAUGCAUCUCCUACAAAGAGCCAUAUUUUGCUAGUAGAACAGCCUGUGUAUGCUUGAAAAUUUUAUUAUAUCUGAUGAAUUUUAAGUUUCUACAGUGAGUUACUUCAGAUGAGGGAAAUUUCUUGUCUGCUGGGUACCAAAUCAUCAACAGCUGUUAAAUGUGUUGAGAUGUAAUAAAGUAACGAAGUCUGUAAUGUCUCAACACAUAUACCUAGCUUGUAGUGGGGUCAGUGACUGUGCCAAGAUAACUGUUAUGCAAGCAGCCUAUUGAUUAAUGAAGUUAUUGGAUUGUAAAUAUUCCAUGAAUCUGGAUACACAGCUGUAUAAAGAUUUGUAUAAAACAGUACGUGCUGGUUUGCAGUUUUUGCACAGUAGCAUUUUGUAUAUGAAUAAAACUGUGGUGGAUUUGGUAAGUUUA